AUGAAAAUGGGUAGUAGCAGUGAUCUUAAAAGAUCCAGAGCGUCUGGAACAGACUCAAACUCAAAUGCGCCUUCGAAAGAUGUUGAUUCCACUGUCGAGCCACCUACCAAGAAAGCUCGAGUUGAGCAGAGUAGAUCUCUCUUUGUGCGAUCACUUCCGCCUACAGCCACCGCCGAGACCUUGACCGAAUUCUUCUCUCAACAUUUCCCCAUAAAGCAUGCUACUGUCAUUCUUGAUCCCCAGACCAAGGCUUCUCGCGGUUAUGGCUUCGUUACUUUCACCGACGCCGACGAUGCUAAAGAGGCUAAAGAAAAGCUCCACAAACAGAAGUUGGACGGCCGUCCACUAGUUUUGGAGGUUGCAGAACCUCGACAUCGCCAACCAGGUACCGAGUCAGUAGAUGCCGCUACUAAGAAGGCCGAGAGGCAAGCAACCCUGGCUGAGGCUCGUAAAGCACCCAAGUUGAUCGUACGAAAUUUGCCCUGGAGCAUUAAGAAGUCAGAUCAACUUGCAUCCUUAUUCCAGGGGUUUGGAAAAGUAAAAUAUGCCGACCUUCCAAAUGCCAAAGGGAAACUCUCGGGGUUCGGUUUCAUUACUAUGCGUGGCCGAAAGAAUGCAGAAAAGGCUAUAGAAGCUAUCAAUGGGAAGACCAUUGACGGCAGAACUCUAGCUGUCGAUUGGGCUGUUGAUAAGCAGACGUGGGAGCAACAGAAGCAGCAACCAGAUAAAGAUGACAGCAUGAGUAAAGAUACUAAACCUGCGGACCAGGACGAAGCAUUGGAAGACGAUGGCGCUAAGUCAGGCGAAGACCAAAACGAGAAAGAAGACGAAGACGACGAAGAGGAUGAGGAUAUAAAAAAUUUCAUGAAAAACCAUAUGGAAAAUCUGGAGGAUGAAGACAGCGAUGCCAACCCAGACGAUAACAAAUCCGAAGACGCUGAUAAUGAAGGUGGUGCCGCAUUAGGACGCGAGCCUACCCCUAAGAAAUCCUUUAUGACAGAUAAUAAGUCGACUAUUUUUAUUCGCAAUCUACCCUUUACAGCUACAGACACAGAACUGAAAUCUCACUUCGAGCAAUUUGGACACGUCAGGUACGCCCGUAUCGUAAUCGAUCGAGCGACUGAUCGGCCGGCCGGCACAGGUUUCGUCUGUUUUGUCAGCGAAAAUGAUUCGAAGGCAUGUCUUAAGGGUGCACCACGCGCCCAGCAAUCUACGAUACCUAAUAAAAAAUCGAUCCUGCAGAACGAACUAGCGGAUGAGCAGGGCAAGUACACUAUGGAUGGUCGCAUUCUUCAAGUAUCACAGGCUGUAAGCAAAGAUGAAGCGAGUAAUCUCGCAGAAAAGGGUAUUGCCGCUCGGCUUGGCAAGGAAAAAGAUAAGCGCCGACUAUACUUAUUAUCUGAAGGUGCUCUCAUGACGGAUUCACCCCUAUAUGCGACGCUCGCCCCCACGGAAGUCAAAAUUCGCGAAGAUAGUGCUGCCCAACGGAAAAAGCUCAUCGAAAGCAACCCAAGUCUUCAUCUAAGUCUCACUCGUUUAGCGAUUCGCAAUAUCCCCCGCGAUUUGGAUUCAAAGAAGCUUAAGGCUUUAGCUCGUGAAGCUGUUGUUGGCUUCGCUAAGGAUGUCAAGGAAGGCCGAAGAGAGCCGCUUUCCAAGGAGGAGAAUUCCCGGGGCGGUGAGGAAGACAAGGAGGCCGAACGCCGGCGAAAAGAGAAGGGUAAAGGUAUAGUCAAGCAAGCGAAGAUAGUAUUCGAGAACAAAGAAGGAUCAAAAGUGCCUGAAGUGGACGGUGCCAGUAAAAGUCGAGGCUAUGGUUUCAUCGAAUACUCCUCGCAUCGAUGGGCACUCAUGGGCUUACGGUGGCUAAACGGGCACGCAUUAAAGACCCCGGCUGGAAAAACACAGCGGCUGAUUGUCGAGUUUGCUAUUGAGAACGCCCAGGUAGUAGCAAGGAGGAAGGACAACCAAGAAAGACAACGGACAUUCCGAAGCAAUCAGCGCCCUGAUGGACAAGGCCAAGACAGAAGUGCGAAUGCGAAUGGGUCAAGAUAUCCACCAAAAGGCAAGGACUUUUCUGUGUCAAAUGGAAAAUGGAGGGGGCAGAAAAAGGUUGAAACAGCAGGUGAUAAUUCUGGCGCCAAGGCGAACGAGGAAGUCUCGGAGAAGGAUGCCUUACAACAGAAGAUUAUCGCGAGGAAACGGAUGACGAGGAAGAAGAAGGCCCAGGCACGUCAUUGA